UCGAACCAGGCAUCAUCUGAAUUGGAGAGACGCGUGCGUGAGACAGAGGAACGCAACAGAAAGUUGGAGGAUAAAGUGGAUGAGCUCAUUCGUUUUAUUAGUUCCCAGCAUAGCAGCGUUGCAUCUGGUUCCGGUGUUGGAGGAGCAUCAACUGAACCACCGAACGUUGACAUUGCCUCCGAACCAGUAGCACGACCGUCGAGUGCUGCCAAUGUGUACUCUGCACCAGAUCCCAUAGUACAACCGUCAGGUGAUGCCAAUAUCUACUCUGCACCAGAUCCCAUAGCACAACCGUCGGGUACUGCUAAUGUCUACUCUCCAUCACCCCCGCGUUUUCGAGAGGAAAUUGCUCCAGCAGCAGCACCGCCACCUACUGGUGGUAGUUCGGAAGAGACCUUACCAUGUUGGAUGCACUGUCUGUUGGAGCCUAGUGGGAUGGUACUGAAGGUUGCUUCAGGCCACAUUGUGAAGGAGAAAUAUUUGAAAGAUGGAAAGUUUUCCAUUAACAUGGAAGAAUACCUACACAAAGAUUAUCGUCGGGUAUAUAUCGAAGAAGCCAAUAUGGAGAAUGCACUGCUCCCGUGUCCCUUAGUCGACGAUUCAUUGAUGACAGUAGGUCAAGCUGUAAAUGGUCAUGUGGCAUGGCCAAAAGACUAUCUUACAGCUGUUGGGAAAUAUUUGACACAACCACCCACCAAGAAACUUCAGAAGCAACCCGUGAAGAAAAGCUCUGAAGAUUUACUCGGUCCUCCAACACAGCCUCUAAAACACCCUGGGAGGCCGAGUAAGGCAAAAGUUAAUGCAAAGUAUGCCCAACCACGCCAAACUUCUUCCAUUAUUGCAUUUUGGAACUUCGUCAAAAGGUGGCCCAAGUCAUCCAUGCUCCAAUUCCAAGUCCAGAAUGAGCUAUUUGGGGUCGCAGAUGACUCUAUUUGGCUUGCUAAGAGUGACAUUCAAGAAUUGUGCACCAUGCAAUACUUGGGAGCCCAACAAAUAGGAGUUUGGUGCAAGUACCUUAAAGAAAGACUGGACAUGGGUGGGUUGAAUCGAGUCUAUGAAUUUUUGAAUCCGGGUGCGAUUGCCACCGAUGCAGGGGAUGAGAGUAAUCGUUGCCAAGCACUAGUCGCUCGAAUGACUAGGAUGACUAAUUCAGAGAAAUGGCUUAUUGCCCCAUAUAAUAAUAGGAAGAUGUUUCACUGGAUGCUUGUAGUCAUCCAGCCAAGUACGCAGACGGUGGCGUACUUGGAUUCAGGCAACGACGACAUCCCGGAUGAUUUGAACUUUAUUAUAUCCACAUCGUUCACAAUGUAUAACCGAAUGGUACGACGACCUGAUCGACCUACCCAGUGGAUGACUCCUAUUUGUCCUCAACAACCCGAUGACAAACAGUGUGGAUACUACGUCAUGAAAUUCAUUGAAAGUUUCAUGGUCGUAGAAGAUCCAAUACAAUUGUUGACCCGACAAGAUAGGUUCUCCACUCCGUACACUAAUGAUGAGAUAAAUAUUAUGCGUGAUCGGUGGAUUCAUUAUGUGAAAGCGGAAGCGGAGCGACAACAGUUACCGUGUUAGAUAGUGUGUAUACAUAUACAUAUUUAGAUGAUAUUAAUUAGCGUUAGUUCAAUUAUUGUGACUAUACAAAAUUUUAAAUAUAUUUAGACGUUAGUUUAAUUGUUGUCACUAUGCAGAUUUUUACAAAAUUUAAAAAUUAAUGCAGGGAAAAAAAUUGCAGAAAAUUUGUUUUUUUUUCCUAUUUUUCAAAUGUACCGACCGAAAAAA